GAAGGCGCAAUCAAAAGUCACGAUUGCAUCUUGAUUUAGAAAUCAAGAACAGAGGGAGAUGAAAACUACACUCCAGAUAGUAACCUAAUUGGACUCACCACCAAGAUGUUAAAAGUGAAGAGGCUGGAAGAAAUCAACACGUAUUACAACAGUAACCAUCUGGAGAAAAUGGCCUUUUUUCAGUGCAUGGACAAGGUUGAGAAAGUGAAAUGUUUUCUGGAAGAAAGUUCUAGUGAACAGGAGUCAAGAUCUGAAAAGAAUGAGGCUAAGGAGAAGACGUGGUCACACCCCGACCUGAAGGAAAUGGCACCUGUCAAAGGCAAAAGGACUAUGGCCCUCACAGAUGAAGUCCUGGCUCCUCCUGCCCCAUUUAAUCACCGAAUUGUGAUAGCCAAACAAACAGCAGUCAACAGUUUUUAUACAGUGAGCAGAACAGAAAUUUUAGGAGGGGGGCGCUUUGGCCAGGUUCACAAGUGUGAAGAAAAAGCAACAGGUCUGAAGCUGGCAGCCAAGAUCAUUAAGACCAGAGGGACAAAGGAUAAGGAUGAGGCGAAGAACGAGAUCACCGUCAUGAACCAGCUGGAUCACGUGAACCUCAUUCAGCUCUACGAUGCUUUUGAGUCUAAGAAUGACAUUAUCCUGGUUAUGGAGUAUGUGGAUGGCGGUGAGCUGUUUGACAGGAUCAUUGAUGACAACUACAAUCUCACUGAGUUUGAUACUAUCCUGUUUAUCAAGCAGAUAUGUGAGGGAAUACGACACAUGCAUCAGAUGUAUAUUCUUCAUUUAGACCUGAAGCCUGAGAAUAUCCUGUGUGUGAGUCGGGAUUCUAAGCAAAUAAAAAUUAUUGAUUUUGGAUUGGCCAGAAGAUACAAACCCAGAGAGAAGCUGAAGGUGAACUUUGGAACCCCAGAAUUUCUUGCCCCUGAAGUUGUGAACUAUGAUUUUGUUUCCUUUCCCACUGACAUGUGGAGUGUAGGGGUAAUUACCUAUAUGCUACUUAGUGGUUUGUCCCCUUUCCUGGGCGAUAACGAUGCUGAGACCCUGAACAACAUCCUGGCCUGCAGGUGGGACUUAGAGGAGGAAGAAUUGAAGGACAUCUCAGAGGAGGCCAAGGAGUUCAUCUCCAAACUUCUGAUUAAGGAGAAGAGUUGGAGAAUAAGUGCAAGUGAAGCUCUCAAACACCCUUGGUUGUCAGACCACAAGCUCCACUCCAGACUUAAUGCACAGGUAAUGAAGGCUCUUUGUUUUUCCUCUUCUAGUUGGCUUCAGUCUUUUGAUGAUCAGAUGCUAGAGGUGUCUUAG